CCAACCCGGCCCGGCUCCCGGCCUUGUCACGACCCCCGGUGGUGGCCCGCUGCAGCCCUGCCCCGCCGAGCGAGCGAUCGGACCGCGGGGCCCCACGGGCGGCCUCCGGAGCAGCUCCAGCCCAUGCGGGCCGCGCGCCCGGCCGCUGGCGCUGAGGUCUCGGAGCUCUGCUGGGCCCCCGAGGAGGAGCCUCCGGAGGAUCAUCAAUGCGGUUCAGGAAUCGAUUCCAGCGGUUUAUGAACCACCGGGCCCCAGCCAAUGGCCGCUAUAAACCAACUUGUUAUGAACAUGCUGCUAAUUGUUACACACAUGCAUUCCUCAUUGUUCCGGCCUUUGUGGGCAGCGCCCUCCUCCAUCGGCUGUCUGACGACUGCUGGGAGAAGAUAACGGCAUGGAUUUAUGGCAUGGGCCUCUGUGCCCUCUUCUCGUCUCCACAGUAUUUUCACAUUAUAUCAUGGAAAAAGAGCCACCUCAGAACAAUGGAGCAUUGUUUUCACAUGUGCGACAGAAUGGUUAUCUAUUUCUUCAUUGCUGCUUCUUAUGCUCCAUGGUUAAAUCUCCGUGAACUUGGACCCCUGGCAUCUCAUAUGCGUUGGUUUAUCUGGCUCAUGGCAGCUGGAGGAACCAUUUAUGUAUUUCUCUACCAUGAAAAGUAUAAGGUGGUUGAGCUCUUUUUCUAUCUCACAAUGGGAUUUUCACCAGCGUUGGUGGUGACAUCAAUGAAUAACACCGAUGGACUUUACGAACUUGCCUUUGGGGGCUUAAUUUAUUGCGUGGGAGUUGUGUUCUUCAAGAGUGAUGGCAUCAUUCCAUUUGCCCAUGCCAUCUGGCACCUGUUUGUGGCCACGGCAGCUGCAGUGCAUUACUAUGCCAUUUGGAAAUAUCUUUACCGAAGUCCUACAGAUUUUAUGCGACAUUUAUGACCAAUCUGUACUAGGUCUCCAAACCAGUAUUAUUUUAAUUAUGGCACUUGGGAAUGGGGUAAGAGCUGAAAAUUGCACAGAGGGGGGGAAAAAAAAAAAAGAAGACACUGCACUGACUUUAUCUUUAUAUCUUUUGACUAUAUUUACUGUGAAAGUUAUAAAAGCUGUGUUUUGGAAUUCUCCCUCUCACAGCAGAUAAAUAAGAUAGUGAAUUAAUUCUUCAUUCCAUUCCACUAUCAUGAAGGACUCUGCGUAGACUUGGCCAACUGAUGUUUACAAAGCCGAAUUUUGUAUUUUCAUUUUACAGGUUUUACUACAUGGUUUUUCUAAAUUACUGGGUCAGGUUGUCAAAGUCAGUGCAACUACAAGCUUCCUUUUUAAGAGAAAUCAUUUCUAUCACUUUCCCAUCAGCUAUGUAAAGAAUCAUGGACAGAACUUACACUACCUUUACCAUGUUUCAUCUUGGCAUAACAUGGUUAUUUUUUAAAGAGAAACUUUAGUUUUUGUAAAUUUUUAAAAACAAUUUCAUUGAACCACAUCUCCGUGGUUCUUCAUUCAUGUGAAUUUUUGCAGAAAAUUUUCAACAUUCCACAAACAAACAUUAUACCUCUUCUCGAUCGUUUUAUUAAGCAUGGAGAGAAAUUGCCAAUUUUUAAAAA